UAUCACACAGAAGAAGGUACGACUGCUCUGUCUCAUACGAAAUGCUUGCCUCGCCCAUGACUGGGGGUGGGCGUUCAUAUACCAGCCCAAAACAACAAGCAUAUUGAGCACGAUCAACAGUAUCAAACAGCUAUUCCCUAUCAAAUAGAUCUUCUGCCAAAUAUUCUUUGUCCUUUAUUCAAUCGGUUAACAUGCCUGGUCUUGACAUUAUUGUCGUGGGCGCCACGGGGUUCGUGGGCUUCUCCGUAGUGCAUUGGGCUAUGUACACCUCGCGCAUCAACCAUAUAAUCGUCUUAACCCGCAGACCUAUGCCAACACAUGUUACCAAUAGUGCAAAGGUCACGGUCAUAAUUCAUCAAGACUUCAGCGAUUGGCCACUUUAUCUACUUGGGCUACUAGGAACUGCCCAUGCGUGCAUCUGGGCUCUUGGAGGUCAUGCGUACACCUUUGGUAGCCUUGAUGACGCAAGGGAGGCAACUAUGGAUUUCCCCCAGAUAGCAGCCCAAGAAUUUGCCCAAGCUGCCCGACCUUACCUGCCACACGGACGGCCUUUCAUUUUCGUCUACGUAAGCAUUCGUUCAGCAGAGUGGGACGAUUCCAAGCGCCUACAUUAUCUCAAAAAUACAAGACGUUUAAAAGUGAGCCAGAUUUCGCACAUCAGUGAUAGCACGCUCACGUCUACUCUCUCAGCUUCCCUAUAAGCCUAAACGAAGAAAGCACGAUAGUACUAAUCAUACUGCUGCAUAGGGAAGCGCCGAAAUAGAAUUACUCAGAACCGAGGAGGAUAACUCGGAUUGCU